AUGGCGCAACAACAAGGCGAUAAUGUGAUGCGGAGGAAACUUGUGAUAAUCGGAGAUGGCGCGUGCGGGAAAACUAGUUUACUCAGCGUCUUCACACUCGGCUACUUCCCAACUCAUUAUGUCCCCACGGUAUUCGAAAACUACGUAACGGAUUGUCGAGUCGAUGGCCGCUCCGUGCAAUUGGCUCUUUGGGAUACAGCUGGACAAGAAGAUUACGAACGACUGCGCCCGUUGGCAUACUCCAAGGCUCAUGUUCUUCUGAUUGGGUUCGCCGUGGACACACCGGACACGCUGGAGAACGUAAAACACAAGUGGAUUGAAGAAGCGAACGAACGCUGCCCCGGUGUACCCAUCAUCCUCGUCGGUCUCAAAAAGGAUCUGCGAGAAGAUCCACUCGCCAUCGAAGAAAUGCGCAAAAAGUCCCUCAAAUUCGUCACAGCCAAGGAGGGCAAUGACACCGGCACCAACAUCGGAGCCCGCAAAUAUCUUGAAUGCUCCUCCUUGACCGGCGAGGGUGUUGACGAUGUGUUCGAAGCAGCCACUCGAGCUGCCCUUCUAACUUUUGACAAGCGGGAAAGUUCCUGCUGCGUGGUGCUAUAA